AUGUCAAAUAUCGUUAUAAAAAGAUGUGGAUGGACUAUAAAAGAUCCUAUUUAUUUAGACUACCACGAUAAUGAGUGGGGAAAACCUCAAAGAGAUAGAGUUAGACUGUUUGAAAUGUUAUCUCUUGGUGUUACUCAAUGUGGUUUGUCUUGGAAUAUAGUUUUCAAAAGAAGAGAUUCCUACAGAGUUGCUUUCAGCCAGUUUAAUAUUGAAAAUAUUUCAAAGUUUACAGGGGAGGACAUCGAUCGUUUAAUGAAAAAUGAACAAUUAAUCAGACACCGAGGAAAGCUUGAAGCAAUUGUCAACAAUGCAAAGAUGGUUUUGGAAUUGGAAUCAAAACUAAAAAUUUCAUUCCCGGAAUAUCUGUGGGGUUUUGUUGGUGACAAGCCUAUACUCAACAACAAUACAUCGAUAUCAGGUAUUCCAACCAAGUCUGACGUGUCUGAUAAGAUGGCUGCUUCACUAAAAACAUACGGGUUCAAAUUCACUGGGACAACCAUCUGCUAUGCUUUCAUGCAAACCGUCGGAAUGAUAAAUGAUCAUCUCGAAGAUUGUUUUUGUCGAGUUGGUCCAACUCAAUCUUCGGCGGCAAAACCCGCUGCUAGAAAAUCUAAACUCAAACAAACAUCUCCAAUCAAAGAAACUGUUGUAGAAUCUGUCGUUGUCAUCCGAGAGUUUCUCAUCGAGUACUCUCAUCUUUUUGAGGAAUCGUUGGUUAGAGUAUAUGAAAUCACAAAGAGCGUGUACUGCUAG